AUGAAGAUCUCUCUACUAAGAUCUUCUCUCAUCUUUGUGGUUCUAAUUCUUUCAUUUUCUGAUUCGUGGGCAACUGCAUCCUAUGUUCCACGUUCUGAAGAUUUCAUACGUUGCAUACAAUCCAACUCCAACAAUGUAACCUCCAUAUCUAAACUCAUUUUCACCCCUGUGAAUGCUUUUUUCCUACCCAUCUGGCAAGUCGCAGUCCAAAACCUUAGGUUCCUUAAACCGUCUACUCAUAAACCUUCAAUCAUCGUGACACCUGUGGAAGAAACACUGAUCCAGACGACUCUAUAUUGCGCCAAGAAACAUGGCUACGAGAUCAGAAUAAGGAGCGGGGGGCAUGAUGGCGAGGGCCUCUCAUACACUGCUGAUGUUCCAUUUGUUAUGAUUGAUCUCACCAACAUGAGGUCUAUAAAAGUGGACGUAGCAAAGAGGACUGCAUGGGUCCAGGGAGGCGCUACGCUAGGUGAACUCUAUUACACCAUUACUCAGAAGUCCGACACCUUGUUUUUUCCGGCAGGUCUUUGCCCCGGGGUAGGUGUUGGCGGACACAUGGGCGGUGGUGGCUAUGGAAACCAUAUGAGGAAAUAUGGUACUGCUGCUGAUAAUGUUCUUAAUGUCCGCUUCAUGGAUGUCAAUGGAAAUGUUCUCAACAAGAAGUCCAUGGGAAAAGAUUUGUUUUGGGCAAUUCGAGGAGGUGGUGCUUCUAGUUUCGGAAUCGUUCUUGCAUGGAAACUGAGGUUGGUUCCGGUUCCAAAAAAAGUUACUGUUUUUGUAGUGACUAAAACUUUGGAACAAGGGGCAACCAAAAUUUUCAAUAAAUAUCAAUAUGUUGCACCAGCUAUUGAUAGAAAUUUGCACAUAAGAACUCUCAUGUUUGGCCGAUAUAUCGGCAACACCACUAAGAAAACUGUAGUGCUUACAUUCCAAGGAGUUUAUCAGGGCACACGCGACACAUUGGUUUCGUUGCUGGACCAAAAAUUUCCAGAGCUAGGUGUUACACAAGACAUUUGUGAAGAGAUGACAACACUCCAGUCCACCAUUUUGUUUUGGGGUGUGCCAAGAUCUACCACGGUGGAUAUUGUCACGAACCGAUCUGCUAUUCCCAAGGUUAACAGCAUAAGUAAAGUUGACUAUGUUCGGACGCCGAUCCCUAUAAGUGGGCUCAGAAAGAUUUGGAGAAAAAUUUUGGAAAACGAUGGAUCAGAGCUUUUGGGAAGCAAUCCUUUUGGUGGAAGAAUGGCGGAGUACUCAGAGACAGCAAUUCCAUAUCCUCAUAGAGCUGGGGUGUUGUACCAGUUGUUCAAGAAUGUCAAUUUUAAUGGCCAAACUUCAGACACAACCCCUAUAUCGCUCAGGAGGACCGCAUGGUUGCGAAGCUUGGAGAAGUUACUGACUCCUUAUGUGUCAAAGAACCCAAGGGAGGCGUAUUCCAACUAUGUGGAUCUGGAUUUGGGUGUUGGAAAUGCUACUUAUGAAGAAGCGAGUGUUUGGGGAGAAAGGUAUUGGAAGAGAAGCAAUUUCAGGAAGUUGAUUCGGAUCAAGGCCAGAGUUGAUCCCAAGAAUUUCUUAAGGCACCCACAAAGUAUCCCUGUUUUCUAGAGACCUUUAUCCCACACUAGUUUAAAACACGUGUACAACACGGUUGACAUAUUAAAAUAACAUAAAUAAUAUCAAAAAAUAUAUCUCUAAUUUCAAAUUUAGUUAAUUUAA